AUGCGCGACCCCCGACGCAGAAAGCUUCACUCCCAAGUCUCCUUUCUGAGCCCAUCUUGGAUCCUUCCCUCGGACGAUGGACAGGACAGCCUCAGCAUUCCCCCGGCCGAGUCCAGUGCUUCCCUGUCGGAGAAACAGCCGGCCACUCCUGCCUCCAAAGAAGCGAGCGAGCGGCCAUCGUCCCAAGAGAGUGCACCCCCAGAAAGUCAGACUGCGGACAGAGCUGAAAAGCCAACCCCUGUCAAGGAAAAAAAGAAAGCACGCUAUGCGAGACAGCAUUCGUCCCAAUGGCUGGAGCAUGACGUGGCUCCAGACUUGGACAAGGCUGAACAGCCUCCGCCUCGCGACAAAGACUCAGCCCGUUCCCCCAUGGACAUGAUGCGGGUGGGCUCAUCCUCGGCCUCUCCCCCCAUGGUCUCAUCGACCCAACAACCGCCCUUUUCGUCGAUAUUCCGCGCGAGGGCGUCGCUUCACCGCAGCCCCGGAUACGACGCUCCAGCCAUCUCACCCCCGGUCUCUUCGACCUAUUCUCCGGGCUACGGCCAGUGA